CCGCGUUUUACUGCUCAAGAACGACAUUGUUAGCCAAUGAAACCAUUGUUUUGUCAAUCUGUUUAUGGAUAAUACCAAAACGAAGAACAAUCAAAAAAAAAAGAAGGAAAAAAAAACGAUCGUCUCUGUUUCUUGCAAUUUUCAACCUUUUCUUCAUCGUCUUAUCUCCAAAAAAAAAGAUGCAAUGUGGUUUUGAUCCUUAACUGAUCGUUGGUUCUUUUUUUUGUUUGGCAAUUCAAUCACAUCAUGGAGAACGUAGCGGCGCAAUUGAAGCGUGGGAUAUCGAGACAAUUCUCGACAGGAUCAAUGCGGCGAACACUAAGCCGACAAUUCACGCGCCAAAACUCUCUGGAUCCACGCCGUAACAAUAUGAGGUUCAGCUUUGGUCGUCAAUCUUCGCUUGAUCCGAUAAGACGUAGCCCUGAGUCUCUUAGCUGCGGGCCGCAUAUGUCUGUCCCCGAGAAUCUUGAUUCGACGAUGCAGCUUCUCUUUAUGGCGAGUAAAGGUGAUGUUAAUGGCGUUGAGGAGCUGCUUAAUGAAGGAAUCGAUGUGAACAGCAUUGAUCUUGAUGGUCGUACGGCUCUUCACAUCGCCUCUUGUGAAGGUCAUUACGAAGUUGUUAAGGUUCUUCUUAGCCGGAGAGCUAACAUUGAUGCUCGUGAUCGUUGGGGUAGCACGGCGGCUGUUGAUGCAAAGUACUAUGGGAAUGUUGAAGUGUAUAAUCUUUUGAAAGCUCGAGGAGCUAAAGCUCCGAAAACCAGAAAGACUCCAAUGACGGUAGGGAAUCCGAAAGAAGUUCCUGAGUAUGAGCUUAAUCCACUCGAGCUUCAAGUCCGAAAAGUUGAUGGCAUCUCUAAAGGAACUUAUCAGGUUGCUAAAUGGAAUGGCACGCGAGUCUCUGUAAAAAUAUUCGACAAAGAUAGUUAUUCAGAUCGGGAACGCGUUAAUGCUUUCACAAACGAAUUGACUUUGCUAGCAAAAGCUCGGCAUCCAAAUAUUGUUCAAUUUGUUGGAGCCGUCACUCAAAAUCUACCAAUGAUGAUUGUAGUUGAGUAUAAUCCAAAAGGUGAUCUAAUUUGUUUCAUUAACCAAUUCCAGGGUGAUCUAAGUGUUUACCUUCAAAAGAAAGGUCGUCUGUCACCUUCAAAAGCUCUGAGAUUUGCUCUUGAUAUUGCCAGAGGCAUGAACUAUCUUCAUGAAUGUAAACCAGAUCCGAUCAUCCACUGCGAGUUAAAGCCAAAAAAUAUUUUGCUGGAUAGAGGAGGGCAAUUGAAGAUCUCUGGAUUUGGUUUGAUAAAGUUGUCAAAGAUUGCAGAAGAGAAUGCAAAAGUAGUGAACCACGAAGCUCAAAUCGAUAAGUCCAGUUACUACAUAGCACCCGAAAUAUACAAAGACGAAGUCUUCGAUAAAAGGGUUGAUGUGCAUUCGUUUGGUGUCAUUUUGUAUGAGUUGACUGAGGGAGUAUCUUUAUUCCAUCCUAAAACACCUGAGGAGGUUGCAGAAUCGAUGUGUAUAGAAGGAAAAAGACCAACAAUCAGAACAAAAACAAAGAGUUACCCUCCGGAAUUGAAAGAGUUGAUUGGGGAAUGUUGGCAUCCAGAAAUCGGUAUGAGGCCAACAUUCUCUGAGAUUAUCAUACGGCUCGACAAGAUAGUCGCAAACUGUUCGAAGCAGGGUUGGUGGAAAGACACAUUUAAGUUCCCUUGGAAAUGAAAUGGAAAUAUUAAAUCAAUCAAAACCUUCAACUUAAACCCAUGGAGAAAAAACGAGAUGGGAGUGAGAUAUUGCAUACUAAAAGAAGCAGAUUCACAAACUCACUAGCCUUGUUAGAAACAGAAGAUCACUUUUUGUUGUUGUUAUAAUGUUUGUUUGUUACAUUUCAUAAGUUUUUUUUUGGUUAUUUUGUAAAGAAUAUAUUUUAUGAUAAACAUACACAUCACUUGUUCA